GUUAGUUGCAUCUCAACUGCUACUACUACAGUGAUAGACCUCUCUCAUGAUAGAGGUGACCAGGUGCACAAACUAAUUUUGAUUAGUGUGAAUCAGUGAGUUCAUUAGCAGUGAUGUGUCAGGGUUUCUAACUUUGGGAUAGCCCUGGCCACAGAAAUGGUGUACUGUUGACCAAGUGUACAUGAUGCUAGAAUAUCUUUGGUGUGAAAGGUUUGAACCCAGGAGUCAUUUCAAAAGUAGGUUGAGUUUGAUCGUCCAAGUGAACGUUACUGAAUAGGGCUGUUGUUGUUGACAGUGUCUGACAGUUUGACAACCUGUGUGGUAUUCAUCUUCAGAGUGAAAGUGAGUUGUAUCACGUCAGUUGAUGGUAUUAUACUCUGGUUAUUGACCUGAUCGGUCAAUUACGUCGUGAUGUUAUUGGUCCUCCGUCAGUAAUGUAAUUGGUGUAAUCAGGGUGCAAAGAAAGUCAGUUUUACAGCCUGCCAUUUCGGCAAGCUGUAGCUAGCAUGUACUAGCCCACAAGUCAGUUUAACUAGCCCCAAAACCCUUUUUGAUUAGCAGGAUUUUACAAUCCUUCUGUAACCUGAAUUUCCCCAUUUUUGCAAACAACAGCACUUACCCGUCGGGCAAGUUAAGAACAAAAAUCACUAGCCCGAUAGCAAAAUCCACCAGCCCUGGGCUAUCGGACACGACUUUCUUUGCAUGCAGUGUAAUCCAAUGUAAUUGGUGCAUCUCGAUCCGUCUACUGUCACAGACAACAGUUGCCUAUUGUUAGUCAAAUUGUCAGUUGUUCAGUUGUUCUCUCAUAGUUUGUUUUGUUUGAUUUCAUCAAUAAGUCCUUUGCACGGUGCCAGUACCUAUUGACCACGAUUCAGUGGUGUUUGUUUCAAGUUAGUAAUGUUAACCCAAGUACACAUUGAUGCACAAGCCAUUUAUUUUAUUAAAAUGGUCAAGAUGUCUUCAUUAUUGGCUUGGUACCAUUACCAUUACUUUGUGAAAGUCAUGGCUCUUAACAUAAUUAAUAUACACCUUUGGUAAUUGUUUGAGUACUGAUUACCAAUUAACUUUUCCUUCUGUAAUGUUUUAAUGCAGUCUGACAAAUGCACCACAGGUACAGUGGUUGACAGUGAUGAAGGGGAUAUGGUGAGUGAGAAGAGUUUGAUUAAUUCAGUGUAUAAUAUUAAAUGCUUGGCUAUUAUAUAUGUUCACUACCCUUACUUCAGUGUGUGGCUGUUAAAAUGUAUACCAUGUUAAUUGUUUGAGUACUGAUUACCAUUUCUUUUGUGUUUUAAUGCAGUCUGUCAAUUGCAUCUCAAAAUCAGUGGUAAUUGAUUUAUCCACACCUGAGAAUGACAAAAGUGAUAUGGUGAGUGAGUGGAGUAUGACUAAUGUUCUUAAGCCCCCUACCUCCCCCUCUCCACUGAACCCCUCAUUUUCAAGGGAAAAAGUCCCCCUCCCCCUUAAUGCUCUACAAUCAAAUUAACGUACCAUAGACUGCAAUGGGGAUUGAUCUGUUUCAGUCCAAACUUGACCUUCUGAUUCCCAGAGGGGUGUACUCCUUUCAAUUCUUGGUGGGGGUGUGCCACCCGUUUCUCCAAAUCCUGACCCUAUUUUGGACCAAAAAAUGAAAUUUUCCAUACCCAUUUUCAGACCUGGUCUCUAAGAUCCAUACCCAUUUUCAGAUCUGGCACAAAUUUUGUUAGCAUUUCUCAUUGUAAAUUGUUUCUUUCGUUUUGCAUAAAAAAGACAAUAUGUUAUGUUUAUUCUCUAUCUGUUUCAUUAUGGUGUACCAGACUUUUCAACAAGAGUGCAGCUGCAAAUUUUACCAAAGUUGGAGGAAUAUAUAAAUUUUCAGACAAUCCUUAAAGAAAGAAUUAAACAAUUUUUUUAUUACCAAUCAACUUAAUUUAUCUAUUAGUAUAAUACAGGUUUGGAGAUGUGGAUAAGAGAGCAAAGGGCCCUCAGGGUACAGCCUGAAGACCCGGCAGGGGUGGAAGUACGGGUUCUUACUCCUCUGGGGAUGUGGAAACGAAAAAUUCCAAAAACAGCGUUUUACCAA